AUGUUAAGAAACACUGUCCGUUCUUCUCUUCGCCAAACUCAAAGAAUUGCCGGAAUCCGUGCUUAUUCCUCUCAUAAGGAGCUUUUAUUCGGUGUUGAAGCUAGAGCUGCUCUUUUAAAAGGGGUUGAAACUCUAGGUGAUGCCGUCGCUUCUACCUUAGGCCCAAAAGGUCGUAAUGUUCUUAUUCAACAACCAUUUGGUGCUCCUAAAAUUACAAAGGAUGGUGUUACUGUUGCUCGUUCUAUAACUUUACCAGAUCGUUUUGAAAACUUAGGUGCUCAAUUAUUACAAGAAGUUGCUUCUAAAACUAACACUGCUGCUGGUGAUGGUACCACUUCAGCUACUGUUUUAGGUAGAGCUAUCUUUUCUGAAUCCGUGAAGAACGUUGCUGCUGGUUGUAACCCAAUGGAUUUAAGAAGAGGCUCCCAAGCUGCUGUUAAGAAAGUUAUUGAAUUUUUAUCACAAAAUAAAAAGGAAAUAACUACUUCGGAAGAAAUUGCCCAAGUUGCUACUAUUUCUGCCAAUGGUGAUUCUCAUGUUGGUAAGUUGUUAGCUUCUGCAAUGGAAAAAGUCGGUAAAGAAGGUGUCAUCACUAUCCGUGAAGGUAAAACUAUGGAAGAUGAAUUAGAAGUAACCGAAGGUAUGAGAUUCGACCGUGGUUUUAUAUCUCCUUAUUUUAUUACCAACACCAAAUCAAACAAAGUUGAAUUUGAAAAACCAUUAUUAUUAUUAUCAGAAAAGAAAUUAUCUGCUAUUCAAGAUAUUUUACCAGCUUUAGAAUUAUCAAACCAAUCUCGUAGACCACUAUUGAUUGUUGCAGAAGAUAUUGAUGGUGAAGCUUUGGCUGCUUGUAUCCUAAACAAAUUAAGAGGCCAAGUUAAGGUCUGUGCUGUUAAGGCUCCAGGUUUUGGUGACAAUAGAAAAAACAUUCUAGGUGAUGUUGCCAUUUUGACUGGUGGUACUGUGUUUACUGAAGAAUUAGAAUUGAAACCAGAACAAUGCACUAUGGAACACUUGGGGUCUUGUGAUUCUAUUACUGUUACUAAGGAAGAUACCGUUGUAUUAAAUGGAGAUGGAUCUAAGCAAGCCAUUGAAGAAAGAAUUGAACAAAUUAAAGGCUCCAUCGACAUUAACUCUACAAAUUCAUAUGAAAAAGAAAAAUUACAAGAACGUCUAGCUAAACUAUCAGGUGGUGUUGCUGUUAUUAAAGUCGGUGGUGCUUCAGAAGUUGAAGUUGGUGAAAAGAAAGAUCGUUAUGAUGACGCUUUGAAUGCUACAAGAGCUGCAGUAGAAGAAGGUAUUUUACCAGGUGGUGGUACUGCUUUAGUUAAAGCCUCCCGUAUUUUAGACGAUGUUCCAACUGAAAAUUUUGACCAAAAACUUGGUGUUGAUAUUAUCCGUAAAGCUAUUACUAGACCAGCUAAGCAAAUCAUUGAUAAUGCUGGCGAAGAAGGUUCUGUUGUUGUUGGCAAAUUAUUAGAUGAAUAUGGUAACGAUUUCUCCAAGGGUUACGAUGCUUCUAAAUCAGUAUACACUGAUAUGUUAGCUGCCGGUAUUAUUGAUCCUUUCAAGGUUGUCCGUACUGGUUUAGUUGACGCUUCUGGUGUUGCCUCUUUAUUGGCUACUACAGAAGUUGCUAUUGUCGAUGCUCCAGAAGAAAAUAAGGGUGCUGCUCCAGGUGGUAUGCCAGGCAUGGGAGGUAUGCCAGGUAUGAUGUAA